CUCUUAUCACUUCCCUUCCCUUCCUUCAAACCCAACACCUUUCCUACUCCAACUGCCUCUCCAUCUUCAACUCCACAUAACCUUCAACCUCACUCACCAACAUGUCCACCAGAAGAUCAAGGCACUCAGGCGCUUCAAGAAUCAGCGAUGACCAAAUCAUCGACCUCCUCUCCAAGCUUCGUCAACUCGUCCCCGAGAUUCGCCACCGCCGCCCCGACAAGGUAUCAGCUUCAAAAGUCCUCCAUGAAACCUGCAAUUACAUUAGAAACUUGCAUAGGGAGGUGGAUGACCUAAGUGAAAGACUCUCUCAGCUCUUAUCUACCAUAGAUUCCGAUAGCGCAGAGGCAGCCAUCAUCAGGAGCUUAAUUAUGCAAUAGAACAAGAACAAGAACAAGAACAACCGUGUCGGG